GACGACGACAACUAACACAGCAGCCCACGCCACGGUCUCGACAUUCUUUCAACAUAUCCCCACGAGGCCAGGAAUCCUUCGCCAUGUCUGACAAGUCCCACCGCCUCUACGUGAAGGGAAAGCACAUUUCCUACCAGCGGGGAAAGCGCAACACCAACCCUGGAACGUCUCUUCUCAAGCUCGAGGGCGUCGAUGAUACCGCGGCGGCACAGUUCUACACCGGCAAGCGUGUAGCUUACGUCUACCGCGCCCAGCGGUCCGUACGGGGUUCCAAGAUCCGGGUCAUCUGGGGCAAGAUCACCCGCCCACACGGCAACAGCGGUGUCGUGCGCGCCAAGUUCAGGUCCAACCUUCCCCCCAAGAGCUUCGGUGCUUCCGUCCGUGUCAUGCUUUACCCUUCGUCGAUAUAAUUUCUUCCAGCGGGUGGACAGGACGAGCGAGGGAACAAGGGAGGCGGAUGAUGGGGAACAACAUGGCGGGUAGUCACGGCGUAUAGAUCCGGCAGCUGGACGGCGGGAUGUGAGCAGGAGAGCUUGAUCGCCAUGCUCGCGCUCGGUUUCAUUCACAUGGCAUGUUCUGGCUGGUUAACGGUGUCCAUUGUGUUUCGGAAAAGCCCUCCCAUGACACACAACAAUGGCAAAAUCAAAUCCAUCAUGAUUCUGUUCAGGAUCAACGACAUGAACGAC